AUGUUGCAGCACCUGAUAAAGACGAACGGCAUAGAAGAGCGUGACGUAGCCAUGGCCUACUUCACUGUCACCCCCGAUUUGAAUGCGGCCUUUCCCGCCGCGGCCGCUCGUCAGUUGGGUUGGACCAAUACUGCCCUGAUGUGCGCCACCGAAAUAGCAGUGCCUGACUCCUUGCCGAGUUGCGUCCGCGUGCUUAUACUUAUCAACACUGAAAAAGAGGCCGACGAAUUACAUAACGUUUACCUGAAAGGGACGGAUGUACUUCGUUUGCAAGGUGUCGAAACUACGUAA